GGGCGGAGGGUCCAGGCUCCUCCCUCCGGCUGGGCAGCACCGGGAAGCCGGAGGGGAGCUGGAGGAAAGAGGCAGCACAGGCCGGAGGAGUCGGCGGAGUGCGCUGCGCCCCUGGCCCGCCGGGGACCAGGUCCACUGAGGACCUGGCGGGGAUGGAUCUCCGAGCGGCGGGCGCGGGCAGCGCGCGGCGGCGGGUGGGAUGCGGCGGGCCGGCCGCCUGAGCACCCCCGAUGGCCCGUGGCGCGGCGACCUGCGGGAGCGACGCGCGGCUGCAGCUGGGCCGGGACGCGGUGCGGCCGGCGCCCGCGCUGCUGGUCCCCGCCGUGCUGCUGGGCACCGCACUCGGCCUCGGCCUCGGCCUCGGCCUCUGGCUCGGCUGCCGCGCCGCCCGCCCGCGUCCGCCGCACCAGAAAGAUGACGCUCAGAGUCUGCUCAAGAAUUUGGAGUCUAACGUUCAGACCCCGUCAGAAACCGGCUCCCCAUCCAGGAGGAGGAAGAGAGAAGCACCGACUUCAAAGGAUGAGGAGGCUCUGAACGAAUGUGAGCCAUCUUUCAAUAGCAAUAUCACAGCGUUUGCACUGAAGGCAAAAGUCGUCUAUCCCAUCAAUCAGAAGUUCCGGCCUCUGGCCGACGGUUCCUCCAACCCAUCUCUGCACGAAACCUUAAAGCAGCCAGUCUUGCCGAACCAGCCCGUGGAGGCAUCGCCUUCCAGCAGCCUGGGGAGCCUGAGCCAGGCUGAGAAGGAUGACUGCAGCUCCUCGUCCAGCGUCCACUCGGCCGCCAGCGACGACAGGUUCCUCGGCCGCACCUUCCUGGGGGCGAGCAGCUUCCCCGAGGCACUGACCUGCGAGAGCGUGGACCUUGACUUGUGUAUCUACAACCUUCACUUAAAAGACCUGCUGCAUCUGGACACGGCGCUGAGGCAGGAGAAGCACAUGAUGUUUAUUCAGAUUUUUAAAAUGUGCCUCCUUGACCUUCUUCCUAAAAAGAAGACUGAUGAUGAAUUAUACCAGAAGAUUCUCUCAAAACAAGAAAAUGAUUUGGAGGAAUUAGAAAAGAGACUUCAGGUCAGACUGUCAAACACGGAGAUGUUGGGUGCUGGUGACUCUGAAUACAUCACCCUGGCAGAUGUAGAAAAGAAGGAGAGAGAAUAUUCUGAGCAGCUAAUAGCUAAUAUGGAAGCUUUCUGGAAACAGAUGGAAAACAUCCAGCACUUUCUGGUGGACCAAUUUAAGUGUUCCAGCUCCAAAGCCCGACAGCUCAUGAUGACUCUGACAGAAAGAAUGAUUGCAGCUGAAGGGUUAUUGCGUGAUUCUCAGGAUUUGCAGGCUCUGGACACCCUGGAGAGGACAACGGGGCGGGUACACGUGGCCAAAACCAUUGAGUUCCUGAAGCUGCAGAUCCAGGAGGAGACCAGGUGCCGCCUGGCCGCCAUCUCGCACAGCCUGGAGCUGCUGACCGUCGAGGGGAAGCUGUCGGGGCGGCAGAAGGAGGAGCUGCUGACCCAGCAGCACAAGGCCUUCUGGGAGGAGGCGGAGCGCUUCGGCAGGGAGUUUGUCCAGCGAGGCAGAGACCUGGUCAAGGCCUCACUGGUUCACCAGGCGGAGGGGAUGGCAAGGCUCACGCUGGCCCAACAAAAGGAACAGAGGAGCUUCCUGGCCACGGCGCCGCAGACCGCCGACCCCGAGGAGUUCCUCCAGGUUUUUCACGAGGUCCUGGAGAGGCAGAGGCUGAUUCGGAGUGACCUGGAGGAAGAGGAGAAUGUCAGCGCCGCCAAGGCCGUGGCCGCGCUCUGCCAGGAGCUGUAUCGCAGCACCAUGGAAACGUUCCAGAAGUUUGUGGACGUCCUGUUCCUCCAGACGCUCCCCUGUGUGACUGACCUCUCCCAGGCAGAGUGUGAAUACCUGAGGCAGGAGGCCCAGGAGAACGCGGCCCAGCAGCUGGAGAAGUUGGAUCGCUUCCGGAGUCAGCAGUGGAAACUCUUCCAAGAUCUCCUGGAGCAAGAAAAGCAGGUGUGGAUGGAGGAGCACACACUGUCCACUGUGCUGCAGACACACCUGCGGGAUGACCAAGAAAGCAUCAUCCACCGAGUCUUGGGCCAACUUGGCGGCCUCAGUGAAGAGUCCACGCAGUGCAUCCUGCAGGGGCACGACCUGCUCUUACGCUCAGCUCUCCGGAGGCUGGCUCUCCGCGGCAGCGCCAUCACCACCCUGACCCAGAUGAGGCUGUCAGGGAAGAAGAGCCUUCUCCAGGAGUUGCGCGAACAGCACGCCCUGGAGCAGGACUCCUCGCAGUGUCUGGACGAACAUCAGUGGCAGCUGCUCAGAGCCUUGGAGGCGCGCGUCCUGGAGGAGGCUGGCCGGCUGGAGGAGGAGACGCAGCACACACGGCUGCAGCUUCGGCAGCAGCUCCUGGCCGAGGCCCAGGAAGUCGGGCAGCUCCUACAGCAGCACACUGAGCGGGCCGUCGGGCAGACGCUGCUGGGCCACGCGCGGAACGUGGCCUCCAAGAGCCGGGCCAAGGACAGGGAUGACUUCAAGAGAACACUGAUGGAGGCGGCUGUGGAGAGCGUCUACGUGACCAGCGCUGGUGUCGGCCGGCUCGUGCACGCGUAUUACCAGCAGAUCAGGAGGGCCAUGCAGGACCACGAGGAGAGAAAGCUGCAUCACCUGAAGACCCUGCAGGGUGAGAGAAUGGAAAAUUUCAAGCUGCGGAAAAAGCAGGAACUCGGUGAUCCUUCGUCAGGGGCCGAGGUAGCGGGUGGAGCUCAGGAAGCCUCCGGAGCUGUGCACCAGAGGAUGUUGGCGCAGCAGAAGAAGUUCCUGGCCCAGUUCACGGCACACCAGCGGACCCGCCGGGACGCGUGGAAGCAGAGCGCGAGGGUCAUGGACCAUCUGGAAGCCCAGCUUGAGACCCAGCUACAGGAAGCUGAGCAGAGCUUCAUCUCAGAGCUGGCGGCGUUGGCCCGGGUGCCCCUUGCCGAAAGCAAACCGUUUUCAAAUAAGCAUGGGCUGUCAGAGAAACCCCUAAGGACCAAAAGGAAGAAGCCGGCACCCCGGGACAGAGGGGACUUUGGGGGGCCCAAGGACGACGACCCUGCCUCAGGGCCCCCCACCUCAGGAUCGCUCAGCAGCAAAAGGCUGAGCCAGCAAGAAAGUGAGGUUGGUGACGGUGAGAAUUCCAAGAAGAUGCUUAAGAGAAGAAGCAAUCUGUAGCUUAAGGCUGGUCGGGGAGACGGAACCUGAAGACCCCCUCUGAAUGCCACCUGCCCCUCCCCCAGGCAGUGAGGAGGGACUGGCCACCCCGGGGUGGGGGACAGUGGGGUCUCCCCUCUGCCCACAGGCUUGCUGUGCAGGGAUGGAGAAUGGGUAUCAAAGUCCCAGAAAAAGGCCAAAAAGAGCAGGGCGGACCCUCCCGCCUGUGAAGAUGAUACCCACCCCCACCCCUGUGUUGGAAACAUGUCUGCUCCAGUUUUUCAGUGUCUCCUUGGCUUCGAGAUGCAGCUCCGUUCCUUGGGAAGCCCCUCCUUCCUGGCUGCCUGUGCUUCCCACCCCCCGUGUCCCGACGUCACCCCGAACCUGCGUUCCGCGAGCGCUAAGUGGUCUCAUUCCCACCCUGGGGGCCCUCUGCUCGCCAGCCUCCCCGCCCGGUGGAGUUCCGCCUAUAAUAAAGGGAUCACCAGGUGUUGCUGGUGUUUUCUGGGUCCGAG